ACGUAUUUAAAAGUAUGGAACGUGUGAAAUUACUCGCGCACUUUUAAAAUUAAAUCUAAGUGUUAACGCAGAUUUUUCCGGUGAGUAGGUUCUCACUUCUUUUUAUUUAAAAAUACGGGUUGGGUUUAGUUCAAACGAUUAAAUGCUAAUCAAUCUGUGUCGUCGAAAAAACAACGAUGAAUGUGCGUGUUUGUCGGUGUUUGUGCCAAAUGUCUACAAUAUCUUGGGUGUCUACUUUUUGAAGCGGACGUACACCUUCCCUAGUUGUCACUAGCUUGUUUCCAACUAGAUAAUUCGUCUUUGAGUUGAAUGAGUGGAGAGUGGACAUGAACUGAAAGACCGACGUUUUACAGCUAUCCUAUUCGGUGCCAGUAAGCUUUUUAACAGAUAUUUUCAGCUGGAGUCUUGACGAAGAUGCGAGAAUGGCUCAGCCACAGCUGAAUGAGUUCAUUCCUCCCCCGGAGUGCCCUGUUUUUGAGCCCAGCUGGGAGGAAUUCACCGACCCUUUUGCGUACAUCAACAAAAUACGUCCAAUUGCUGAAAAAACUGGUAUCUGCAAGAUCCGACCGCCGCCGGAUUGGCAGCCGCCUUUUGCCUGUGAUGUUGACAGACUGAAGUUCACGCCUCGAAUACAAAGGCUCAAUGAGUUGGAGGCUCAGACCAGAGUUAAACUCAACUUCCUGGAUCAAAUUGCAAAGUUUUGGGAGCUCCAAGGAUGCACUCUGAAAAUUCCUCACGUUGAAAGGAAGAUUUUAGAUCUAUACCAACUGAAUACGUUGGUGAAUGAGGAAGGAGGCUUUGAUGCAGUCUGCAGAGAGCGACGCUGGACUAAGAUAUCAGUCAAGAUGGGGUUUGCUCCCGGCAAGGCCAUUGGCUCUCAUCUGCGGGCACACUACGAACGGAUCCUCUACCCAUAUAACCUUUUCCAGACCGGAGCCAAUCUGCCAUCUAAGGCCACACUGACCCAUGACACUAAAGACAAGGAGUACACCCCUCAUGACCUGCCACAACGUCAGUCUGUCCAGCCUCAGGAGACCUGCAGUAUCGCUCGGCGAGCUAAACGGAUGAGAUCUGAAAGAGGCUGUUUCAAAAGCGAACUUGGAGGAAUUCGUGAGACUCGUCCGAAUCUGAGGAGGAGAAUGGGAACCUUUGUGGCCAAAUCAGAACCCGUGCAAAUGCCAGUCACUGAGGUGAAACAGGAGCCAGUUGAACACAUGGAUCCAACAGAAAAUGUAUUUAUUAAGAUAGAAAAACCUCCAUCCAAUAAAGUGGACACGUACAUGUGCCUGGUAUGUGGUAGUGGAAGUGAAGAGGACCGCCUGCUGUUGUGUGAUGGUUGUGAUGACAGCUAUCACAUCUUCUGUCUGAUCCCGCCCCUCCAUGAUGUCCCUAAAGGUGACUGGAGGUGCCCCAAGUGCCUGGCUCAGGAAUGUGGAAAACCUCCUGUUGCAUUUGGCUUUGAGCAAGCUGGCAGGAGCUACACCCUCCAAGCGUUUGGGGACAUGGCCGACUCCUUUAAGUCUGACUACUUCAACAUGCCCGUUCAUAUGGUUCCAACUGAGCUGGUGGAGAAGGAGUUCUGGCGUCUUGUCAGCACCAUCGAGGAAGACGUCACUGUGGAGUACGGAGCAGACAUCGCCUCAAAGGAGUUUGGGAGUGGUUUUCCUGUGAGAAACGGCCAUUUUGAAGUCCCUGCAGAGGAUGAGCAUUACCUGACCAGCGGCUGGAACCUGAACAACAUGCCGGUGCUCGACGCCUCGGUGCUGACUCACAUUACAGCCGACAUCUGUGGGAUGAAGGUCCCCUGGCUCUAUGUGGGGAUGUGCUUCUCCUCUUUCUGCUGGCAUAUUGAAGACCACUGGAGCUACUCCAUAAACUAUCUUCACUGGGGCGAGCCAAAGACCUGGUAUGGAGCUCCAGGUUAUGCUGCUGAGCACCUGGAGUCGGUCAUGAAGAAACUGGCCCCUGAGCUGUUUGAGUCCCAGCCUGACCUCCUUCACCAGCUGGUGACCAUCAUGAAUCCCAACACGCUGAUGAACAACGGAGUCCCGAUCUAUCGCACCAACCAGUGUGCAGGUGAGUUUGUCAUCACCUUUCCUAGAGCAUACCACAGUGGAUUCAACCAGGGUUUCAACUUUGCCGAAGCUGUCAACUUCUGCACCAUGGACUGGAUGCCCAUUGGCCGCGGUUGUGUGGGUCAUUAUCGGCAGCUGAGCCGGUACUGUGUCUUCUCCCAUGAUGAGAUGGUUUGUAACAUGGCCUUUAAAGCAGACACCAUGGACGUUGACCUAGCAUCAGCACUGCUGGAGGACAUGACAUCCAUGAUCAAAGAGGAAGAGGAACUUCGACAAAAGAUUAAUAAAAUUGGUGUUGCACAGUCUCGACAAGUUGAUUACGAAGCACUCCCAGAUGAGGCGCGGCAGUGCUGUAAGUGUCGGACCACCUGCUACCUGUCUGGCAUCACUUGUGGCUGCAGCCCUGACAAGAUGGCUUGUUUGUACCACGCCCAGGACCUCUGCUCUUGUCCUCAUAGCAACCUCACACUCCAUUUCAAGUUUACCCUGGACCAGUUGUAUCCUCUGAUGGAAUCAGUGAGGCUGCGCGCCGAGUCGUAUAAGGACUGGAUUCGUAGUGUGCAGGACAUCCUAGAGAACAAAGGAGCCGUGAAAAAAGGCUUGGAGGAGCUUCAUAGCCUCGUGGAGCAAGCAGAAACCAAAGCGUUCCCUCGAAUAGACCUGCUGGAUCAGCUGCGUACGCUCACAUCGGAGGCUGAUAAAGUUGCUGUAAUGGCACAACAGCUUCUCAAUGGGAAGAGACAGACAAGGUAUCGAUCGGGAGGAGGAAAGACUCAAAACCAGAAUGAGUUGUCGGUGGAUGAGCUGAGGUCUUUUGUCCAACAGCUGGACAACCUUCCAUGCAGCAUCCGGCAGGCUCAUUUACUAAAAGACCUGUUGACCCGGGUGGAUGACUUUCAGCAGCGCAGUGACCGUCUCCUUUCUGAUGAGUCACCCAGCCCACAGGAGCUGCAGGACCUGCUGGAUGUGAGUCUGGGGCUGGACGUGGAGCUGCCACAGCUGCCCUCACUGAGGGAGAGGCUGGAGCAAGCUCGAUGGCUGGAGGCUGUGCAGCAGGCCAGCAGCAGACCAGACAGCCUCUGCCUGGACACCAUGAGGAGGCUGAUAGACCAGGGAGUGGGUCUGGCCCCGCACAGCUCUGUGGAGAGGGCCAUGGCUCGUCUGCAGGAGCUGCUGACCGUAUCAGAGCAGUGGGAGGAGCGGGUCCUCAGUCUCAUGGAUGCCAGGCCGUAUCACAGCAUCGACGCUCUUGAUGAUGCCCUGCAAGAAGUAGAAAACAUCCCUGCAUAUCUGCCCAACUGUCUGCAGCUAAAGGAUGUCGUCACUAAAGCCAAGAAAUGGCUUCAUGAGGCAGAAAUGCUUCAGCUGGGAGGGCGUAUUCCCGUUCUUGACAGCCUCUCCGAGCUGGUUCUCAGAGCGGAGAGCAUCCCUGUGAACCUUGAACCUCUGAGUCGACUGGAGACCCUCGUUGGUGACGUUCAGAGCUGGAAGGAGAGCGCAGCUAAAACAUUCCUACUGAAAAACUCCUCCUUCUCUCUGCUUGAGGUCCUGUGCCCACGAUGUGAUGUAAGGUCUGCCCAUCAGAAGUGCAAAUCUAAAAAAGCAAAAGAAGCUCCUCAGCUUUGUAAGAAAAUCCCCACAAAACUGGAGUCUGUGUGUGACGUAGAGAGGGUGCUCUCUGAGAGCAAAGACUCUGCUUCUGCUAUGACCACACUUUCUGAGGUCCGACAGAGGGAAAUGGAGACCCUGUUGGCUCUCAGGGCUUCAAAUGAAUCCAAACUUCUACCUGCUGAAAACUCUUGUGCACUCAGCGUCUGUGUCUGCCAGAAGCCCCCUUCAGGUGCCAUGGUUCAGUGCGAGCUCUGUCGAGACAUUUUUCACUGCAACUGCGUCACAUCAGCUGCAGACCUGGAGUACGGCCAAGCCUGGCUCUGUCCCCUCUGCCAGCGAUCGCGAAAGCCUCCUCUGGACAAGGUCCUGCCAUUACUGGCCUCGCUGCAGAGGAUUCGGAUUCGCCUGCCAGAAGGGGACGCUCUGCGCUUCCUCAUUGAGAGGACGGUGCAAUGGCAGCACAAAGUUCAACAGGCCUGUACAGAAGGCGUGCUGGAGAGGGUGUCUGCAAUGGGGAGAGUUGGCUCCAGAAUGUCUUCAUAUCUGACUCAGGAAACAAACGGUUCAUCAUUUUAUAUAGAACACCAGUCAGUUCCACUCCAAGGACUCAGCCCUGAGCUGGAGGAGCUCAUGGUGGAGGGCUUCCUGCUGCAGGUCACCCUGCCUGAGACCGAGCAGCUCUACAGAUACCUGUUGUACAAACUCGCCCCGCUGCCUUUGCACAGCGCCCCCUAUGGGAACGGAACAGAACAGUCUCAGAGAGGGAGUCCCCAGCACAAGAACGGAGUGUCCAGUUUGAAAAGUGAGGCAGCAAACAGACAAAGCAAAAGGACUAAACGGCGUAAAGACAGCUCUGACUCUCAUCAUUCUGAGAAGGCCAAGAAAAAGAAGAAGAAACUCAAGAAGAGCAAAGAAAGGAGUGAGGAGUCAAAGAGGACGUGCUCCCCCUCACACACCGUAUCCGACCCUGCCCUGUCAGAUUCAGAGGAGGACUUCUCGCUGUGUGCUGCACCUUGGUGCAGAGAGCCCGAGGGCGACGAGGUGAACUGGGUCCAGUGUGACGGCAGCUGUAACCAGUGGUUCCAUCAGGUGUGUGUUGGACUUUCUGCUGAGCGAGCAGAGAAAGAGGAUUAUGUCUGCAUAAGCUGCACACAGCCGGACUAUGACCGAGGAGAAUGAAGACCAAAAACAGAUGUUGAAGGCCGAGCAGCUGUUUGUAAACCAGCUGCAGCACUUACAUGCACACCUGAACUCUGUGUAUGCUGUGGCUUCUCCUUUUUACCUUCUGGCUUUGCCCUCAGUGAACAUGGUGCUAUUUCCCUUUUCUCCCCUCAGAGUUAAUAAAGACUCCUGUCACUGUUUUUGUCACUUAGCUGGUUUUUCAGCUAAUCAACUAAUCCUUUAUGAGACUUGCCGAGAUACGGAUGUGGUCAAAGAAGAACCAACGGCGCAGGGAUUUUUCAACCAAAAAAUGUCAAGUUUGACAUUUCAGAGCGGAUUUUCUUCUUCGACAUGCAUCAGAACAAUGUGAAACUUAUCUUUCUCUUGUAGAGUAAAUAUUAUUUAUCUGAGCAAUAGCUGAGCAGAUUAAUUCAGGUCCAGUUUUCACCUGAGCUAUAUUUGUGUGUAGAAAAACUUUGAUAAGAUGCCUUCCCGAAGCAAAAACCCUGAAGAUCUCACCUCACAAACCCUGUAAUCUUCUACAGCACAGUCAGAAUUUGUUGUCUCCCCUAAACAGAAAUGGCUCUGUGAUCCUACACGUGCAAAAGUUUGCACCUCAUGAUCUACCCACAUCUUUUAAUAGUUCACUGGCUGAAAUAUGAAGUUACACUUCCCUCUUGCGUUGUCUGCAGAGGAAGAAUGCAGUUCCGGACUCCUUGUUCCUGCUGGUGGAUGAGACUAGAUUAUAUUCACAAAGUAAGAAUGAACAGCCCGACAUCAAAGGAAUGUACAUUUAGUUUUUGGGUGGAUUUUCCCUGUAUGGUUGAGGUUGAACAUAUUGUGUUGGACUUAGAUUUAAGACAGACUGUGUGAUUUAUCUGCCACAGGUAUAUGACCUUUUUCUUGCUUCUUUGGAUAAAUAAUAUAAUUCAUAUGUUGCAGUUUGCAUUAUUAAAUAAAAUGUUUGUUCCCAAA